UCCCUGUAUGUGAUGUAGGGGGCGGGCGGCAGCUCCUACACUUCCGGUAGUGAGCAGGAUUUCCGGGCUGUGAGGAGCAGUGCGGAGGUCAUAGCGCUGUGCAGGACUCUCCAGGCUGAUGGUUGUUAUUCUUGGCCAUGGACGUCAACUCUCCGCAGGCAAAUCUCACUGAGCAGCGGCCGCCACCUCAGGCGGGGAUGCAGAGGGGUUAUAUUCCCACUGAAGAGGAGGCGAGAGUCUUACGAGAAUGUAAUUCUGAGAGCUUUUGGUACAGAUCUGUCCCCUUCUCCAUUAUAAGCAUGCUAGCUACACAGACCCUCAUCCACAGAGGGGUACUUUCAAAAUCAAGCAGAUUUGGUCCUUUCCCUAAACUAGCUUUUGCUGCUGCCUUUGGAUACAUAGCUGGAAAGGUUACAUACAUUAAACAGUGCAGGGAGAAAUUUCUGAAAUUACACAACUCCCCAAUGGCUGAGAUGAUUCGACAAGGACCAAGGCGUCAACCACAAUUUCCCCAGGCUACAGACAAUUCUUCCGAAUUUUCUGAUGCAGAUGUCACAGCCCCAGCCCCGCUUCAGACUUUUGCACCAAUAGUUGCUGAGCCCCCAUCCAGGCACUCCAGCAAGUAUGAUUCCUCUGCAGCAGAAGUUCCUUUUAGCGCAUCUAUGAGUGAAUCUGCACCCACUGGAAUUGGAGACAAGGCUAUACAAGGGCCUGAUCCAAUCCUAGAAGAAACUUCUAAACAGAAACCAGUCACGUAUGAUGAGCUAAGGGACAACAACAGAGACCACUACCACAAGGCUGGUUUGGUGUCUUCUAGAGCACCUAUACAGGAGAAGCAGCCCUGGAAGGAAGUCAAAAAGAACAAAUAUGGCGAUGUGUGGGAAGAAUGAAAAUGCCUGCAGAACACCAAAUAUUGUCAUUUGUAAUAGUUCUACCUUAUGUUGGCACUUAAUAAAUGAAUGCAAAGCAUAACGCAAUUCAGAUUGCAUGGUGUGAAAAGGUUUAUUGGUUUAUGUUGCUGCAUUUAUAAAAAGGAAUUUGUUUAUUUUCCACCUAAAAUAAUGGCUUCUAUAUUUUAGGACAUUAAAAUUAAUU